AUCUCCAAAACAUGCGCACCGACCUCUGUCGAACUAGCACGGGACCAUCACUGCUCGUGGUUAUGUACAGAUUUGUGAAAUGUACAUUUUGUACUUAUAGACUGCCCCCACUGCGAGCUUAUCCUCCAAAACACGUUAUCCGCAAUGGAGAACCCGAAUAAGUUGCAGCACGACGGAGUGGCUUAAACGUUGGCUCUUAAAUGUGGCAACGUUUAACUGAAAUGGGCAAAGAAGCCUUUAUUUCACAACGACGCUGGCACCUAAAGUAGAGGUGGACAGGAUGGGGGAGCGGGCCGUCAGCAGCUCUGUGGCUGCAAUCUCUCCAGUGCAGCAGAUGCUGGCUUCUGGCACUGGAGCCCUUCUUACAUCUAUUUUUGUCACUCCGCUGGACGUUGUGAAGAUCAGGCUGCAGGCUCAGCAAACACCGUUUCACCAAGCUUUAGCCCGUGAAUCUGCUCCGUGGGACGGCAUCAUCCGUCCUUCAAAGUGGAAAUGUUUCAUGUAUUGUAAUGGACUGAUGGAUCACAUGUAUGUGUGUCAGAGUGGAACCAGUUGCACCAGCUGGUACAAAACACCAACACAUUUCAGUGGGACACUUGAUGCUUUUGUGAAAAUCAGUCGACACGAAGGACUCAGAUCUUUGUGGAGUGGACUACCACCAACACUGGUUAUGGCUGUUCCUGCCACCGUCAUCUACUUCACCUGCUACGACCAGCUGCGGGACUUCCUGAGAUACGGUCUGGGUUUCCAGGGCAGCCAGAUCCCUCUUGUUGCUGGAGGUCUGGCCAGAUUGGGGGCUGUGACAGUGAUCAGCCCUCUGGAAUUGGUCAGGACCAAGAUGCAGUCCCGCCAGCUGUCCUACAGCGAGCUGCGGGUGUGUAUCCGCUCUGCUGUGGCUCAGGGCGGGCUGCUGUCACUGUGGAGGGGCUGGGGAUCCACCGUUCUCAGAGACGUACCCUUCUCUGCUUUGUACUGGUUUAACUAUGAACUAAUAAAGGCCCAGCUGUGUGAACAGUCCCGAAUGACUCAGGCCAACCUCUCCAUCAGCUUUACUGCAGGAGCCAUCUCUGGAGCUGUCGCUGCGAUCCUGACGCUGCCUUUUGAUGUGGUGAAGACACGGAAACAGAUCCAGCUGGGAGAAAUGGACACUCUGGGAGUUUCCUUCAAGAAAACCACGUCCACGUGGAACAUAAUGAAGGAAAUAUGGGCCGAGAUGGGCUACAGGGGUCUUUUUGCAGGUUUCAUGCCCAGGGUGAUCAAAGUGGCUCCAGCCUGUGCUGUCAUGAUAAGCACUUAUGAGUUUGGAAAGACCUUCUUCCAAAAGAUGAACCUGGAUCGAGAGCGACUGUGAUCCUGAAGGCUGGCGUUGCCGUGUGAUUGUUCACAGCUCCACAUGCAGACAUUAUUAUAAGGACAGUUGGGACAAAGUCUCCUCACACAGAAGCGUGAGGAACAGGCGGGCCUGGAUUUUGUUUUGUGUGAAGAUAAAAGAUAAAGAAGAGGAUUCCACCACAAAUCAGGGAUGUCUCUCCCUCUGGAAAUGUGACUGUGCUAAGACUUCAGACACAUCUUACAGUCAUGAACACAAUUAUGAGUUGAAAAACAAGCCUGGAGACUCUUGUACCACAGACUUUACGUGUGUUGAUUAUUUGAGUAAACUUUGAAAGGUUAGCUUAAAAUAAGUUUUUUAAUUUCUGCAACAAAUUACAUGGAUCACGCCUCUGUGCACAUUUUCAAAUGACAAGAAGUAUGUGCAGGACCGUGGUGUUAGGUAUACAAUCUUGAUGGGAAAAUUCAAACUCUCUUAAGAGCUGAAACUGCAUCAGUAGUGUUGCAUGCGUCAGAGGGAAAUGAUAUCAUUCCCACAUUACAUUGCUGCAUGGUGUGUACAGAUCCAUUCAAUACAGAAUACAGAUACGCUGGUCCACCCUGCAUUCGCUUUACUGCAUUCCCCUGCGUUCCUAUAGCAGUGAAGCAUGACAUUUUUGACAUCUGAGUAUAUGACUGACAAAUCUGUUUUGUGUACUGGAUAGAUUUGAUCAUAUGUAGCACUGAACAAUUGCAAGACAAGCGCUGUGAAAUGAAAUCAGAAAGAUGAAGACAUGUUUUUAUGUUUAUUGAAUAUA